UUUUCAUUCAUCUUCCAUCACACUCAAAAUUCUUACACAUACAUACAUACAAUUUUUCCAGAAAUAUAAACUUCAUUUAGGAGAGAGAAAAAAACAACAAUGGAUACAGCAGGUGGUAAAGGAAAGAAGGGUGCAGCAGGAAGAAAGGGUGGAGGUCCAAAGAAGAAACCAGUUUCAAGGUCAGUUAAAGCUGGUUUACAAUUUCCAGUUGGAAGAAUUGGUCGUUAUUUGAAGAAAGGUCGUUAUGCUCAACGUGUUGGUACUGGUGCUCCUGUUUAUUUGGCUGCUGUUCUUGAGUACCUUGCUGCUGAGGUGUUAGAAUUGGCUGGAAAUGCUGCAAGAGAUAACAAGAAGAACAGAAUCAUCCCAAGACAUGUGUUACUUGCUGUUCGAAACGAUGACGAGCUCGGAAAGCUUCUAGCUGGAGUUACCAUUGCUCAUGGAGGUGUUCUUCCAAACAUAAAUCCAGUGUUGUUGCCUAAGAAAACUGCAGAGAAGGCGGCGAAAGAGCCUAAAUCUCCCAAGGCUGCUAAAUCCCCUAAGAAAGCUUAGAGAUGAUUAAUUUUGUGUUUAUUUUAGUUUGUGUUUUUAAUCAAAUCUUUGUAUGUAAUGUCACUAGAUGUUUUUAAUUAGGCUUUUCUCUAAAACAAGGAUAAUUCCUGCCUGAUUCUUUGGGUGGGGUUUCUAGUUCAGGGUUAUAUUCUGUGAAUUCAAUCAUAAUUACUUUGAUUGAUUUCACUUUCUCUGUAAUGUUGUUAAUCUUAAUCAAACUCUUGCAAUUUCUCCUCCA